UCUCACACACACACAUGCACACACACUUGUAUUUUGUGCUGUCGUAAAACCCACGUGUCCAGCCGGGAGGCUGCCAGAGCGUGGAGCAGAGGAGCCGGGACGCGGCAGCGGCCAAGAGCCCGCCGCCGCUGCUCUGUCCGGCGCCUUGGUCCGCCCCGCACUCCCGCGCUCGGAGUAACUGCUCUCACGCCUUCCGCAGGCCUCCACCACAUCUCUGGCUUGUGGCCCCGGAGGGUCCCGGGGAGCCGGAUCUCUAGCGCUCUGUUCCCGCGCUGCCCAGGGGCAUGUAGCGUACCGGGGGCGCACACUCUCUUGCACGCUCGCCAAGACAGCACGCACAAACCCGCCGGGCAGCUCCGAGUUUUCGGCUUGAAUCUUUGGACAUGCUGAAGCCCGGAGACCCCGGCGGCUCGGCCUUCCUCAAAGUGGACCCAGCUUAUCUGCAACACUGGCAGCAACUCUUCCCGCACGGGGGCGGAGGCCCGCUCAAGGGCGGCGGUGCCGCGGGUCCCCUGGGCGCACCACAGCCUCUCCAGCCGCCGCCACCCCCGGAGCGCGCUGAGCCCCAGCCAGACAGCCUGCGCCCGCGGCCAGCCUCGCUCUCCUCCGCCUCGUCCACUCCGGCUUCCUCCUCCACCUCGGCCUCCUCUGCCUCCUCCUGCGCUGCCGCUGCCGCUGCCGCCGCCGCCGCCGCCGCGCUGGCGGGUCUCUCGGCCCUGCCGGUGGCGCAGCUGCCGGUGUUCGCGCCUCUGGCCACCGUCGCCGCGGAGCCUCUGCCGCCCAAGGACCUGUGCCUCGGCGCCACCUCGGGCCCGGGGCCCUCCAAGUGCGGAGGCAGUGGCGGGGACGGCCGGGGUGCCCCGCGCUUCCGCUGCAGCGCGGAGGAGCUGGACUAUUACCUAUACGGCCAGCAGCGCAUGGAGAUCAUCCCGCUCAACCAGCACACCAGCGACCCCAACAACCGUUGCGACAUGUGCGCGGACAACCGCAACGGCGAGUGCCCCAUGCACGGGCCGCUGCACUCGCUGCGCCGGCUCGUGGGCACCAGCAGCGCCGCGGCCGCCGCGCCCCCGCCGGAGCUGCCCGAGUGGCUGCGGGACCUGCCCAGGGAGGUGUGCCUGUGCACCAGCACCGUGCCCGGCCUGGCCUACGGCAUCUGCGCGGCACAGAGGAUCCAGCAGGGCACCUGGAUCGGGCCCUUCCAGGGCGUGCUCCUGCCCCCGGAGAAGGUGCAGGCCGGGGCCGUGAGGAACACGCAGCAUCUCUGGGAGAUAUAUGACCAAGAUGGGACACUACAGCACUUUAUUGAUGGUGGGGAACCUAGUAAGUCGAGCUGGAUGAGGUAUAUCCGAUGUGCAAGGCACUGCGGAGAACAGAAUCUAACAGUAGUUCAGUACAGGUCGAAUAUAUUCUACCGAGCCUGUAUAGAUAUUCCCAGGGGUACCGAGCUUCUCGUGUGGUACAAUGACAGCUAUACGUCUUUCUUUGGGAUCCCUUUACAAUGCAUUGCCCAGGAUGAAAACUUAAAUGUCCCCUCAACGGUCAUGGAAGCCAUGUGCAGACAGGACGCCCUGCAGCCCUUCAACAAGAGCAGCAAACUCUCCCAGGCUCCCCAGCAGCGCUCUGUCGUCUUCCCCCAGACUCCCUGCGGCAGGAACUUCUCCCUCCUGGAUAAGUCAGGGCCCCUGGAACCUGGAUUUAAUCAAAUCAGCGUAAAGAACCAGCGCGUCCUGGCGAGCCCCACCUCCACCAGCCAGCUCCACUCGGAGUUCAGUGACUGGCACCUCUGGAAAUGCGGGCAGUGCUUUAAGACUUUUACGCAACGGAUCCUGCUACAGAUGCACGUGUGCACGCAGAACCCUGACAGACCUUACCAAUGCGGCCACUGCUCCCAGUCCUUUUCCCAGCCUUCAGAACUGAGGAACCACGUGGUCACUCACUCCAGUGACCGGCCUUUCAAAUGCGGCUACUGUGGUCGUGCCUUUGCUGGGGCCACCACUCUCAACAACCACAUCCGAACCCACACUGGAGAAAAGCCCUUCAAGUGUGAGAGGUGUGAGAGGAGCUUCACGCAGGCCACCCAGCUGAGCCGACACCAGCGGAUGCCCAAUGAGUGCAAGCCAAUAACCGAGAGCCCAGAAUCAAUCGAAGUGGAUUAACUGAUUGACUGGUUGGAAUUAAACUGCAAGGAAAGUCAUGAUUAAAUGUCACGGACACUUAAGCAAAACCAAAGAUUUCCUCGAAGCAACUUUCAAUCAGUCCCAGAAAACCAAAAGCAGUAAUAAAAUAAGUAAGAUGUUAAGAGAUAUUGAUCCUGGCGUGGAAGUCAGACCAGGAGAGAGAUUAUUUAUUUAUGACUAGGGAUGAGACUCAUUUCAGUGGACAACCAACCUGGGAUGGCUUACAUUUCCAGGCCCACCAUGUAUGUGCUUUGUUUCUAAAAAGCUUUUUUUUAAAAAAAAAAAAAAACAAAACAAAACUGUUAUUUAAUACCAAAGGGAGGAAUCGGAUGGGCUCUUCUGCCCACAGUUGUGACUGAGAAUGCACAGGGACUUGUUUCUCAUUGCACCUUUUUUAGUAGCAUGAAUUCAAGGGGACCCAUUGUACAACCCUUCUUCCUGCUGUUGUAGUUUGGCCUGGCCUCUGCCUCGGGCUGCCCAGCGGGGACUACGGAUGCAGUUGCUGAAGCCUUUGCUGAGUCCGGGCCAUCUUCAGCCCCACAGGCACUCCAUGUCUGUGUUUUCCAUGCUUACUUCUCAUGCACUUUUCUCAUGGCUCCUUCUAUCCAGCAGCUGGUCUUGAUGCAGAAGAGCCUGAAAGUGGAAGAAGAUGGUUUAAAAUUUAAAAUUCAAGUGGAAAAGAAAAAUGGGGACUUACCGUGUCCUGUCAGGAUUUCAGAAACAUUUAAAAUGUAUGGAGCUUCAUAAUACAGUAUAUUAUUGUUCCAAAGCAGCUAGUUGAGAAAAUUUUGUUUUCAUGUUUUCAGUAACAUUUUAGCGUUUAAAAAAAAAAAAACCACGAAAAUAAAGUACUUCAGUGAGAGGCUGAAUAUAAGA